UUUUGAAACCGGAAGUUGCCUCAGCAGCGGUGCCGUUUUGACGCCGCUGUCUCUCGUCGCCACUUCUCUGUAAACAGACGCAACUCCUCAGAGAAAUGUGAUAAAACGACCUGGAUUCACACAACUAAUCCGUCAUCAUGAAGCUGCGGGUUCGGAUCCACCGGCAGACCACCAGGGUGGAGUUACCCGGACCAGAACCCAGUCUGAGCCAGCUCACAGACCUCAUCAAGGAGACGCUGUUGUCUCCUCACGGGCUCAGUGCAGACACGCCGGUCAGCCUGUCGCUGAACGGCUUCGAGCUGCUGUCCCACUCCGGCGAGACGCUGGCGUCCUGCGGCAUCGUGUCCGGGGAUCUGGUCUGCGUCGUUCUGCCGGAGUCUGUAGCCGGCGUAUCACCCGGCGCCUCCAACGGGACCCCCGGCAGCGGGACCCCCGGCAGCGGGACCCCCGGCAUCGGGACGGAGCCCCAGGGACAGCAGAACCAGACUGCUGCCCUAACAUCCAGCCUGCAGCUGACCGGCAGCAGCAUGAGGCCUGCAGCCGCUCCCGCACAGACUCAGGACUCCCCCGGGGUGGACUCAGGACCCUCAGGACCCCCUGGGCCCUCAGGACCCCCUGGGCCCCCUGGGCCCUCAGGACCCCCUGGGCCCCCCGGGCCGUCGGAGCCCAGCUGGGAGCCGAUGCUGUGCAGCGAGGCGGAGGACAGCCAGGCUCCUCUCUCCCUGGAGCUCCUCCACCACUCGGCUCAGCCCGGCAGCCCCAGCGACGCCGUCAUGGUGGCCGGGCACCUGCUGAUGCUGGAAACCGGCUUCACACCCCAGGGCUGUGUUUCUAAGUCCGGGGAGAUGCCUCCAGGCUGGAGGUCUGCAGCUGGAGUGUACCGGCUGCAGUACUCCCACCCUCUGUGUGAUGGCAGCCUGGCCAUGGUGGUGGGGGUGUGCAUGGGCCCCGUGCUCGUCAUCAACGCGACUCUGAAGGUGAACGAAACCGUCGACACCGUCCGAAAACUGUGUCUGAACCCGUCCAGCUUCGUGACCCCCGAGUGGCCAGGAGAAAGUGCCGCUGCAGCCUUCAGAGAUCUGAAGAAACUGUCCCGAAUCUUCAAAGACCAGCUGGCGUACCCGCUGAUCGCUGCCGCCAGGGAAGCGAUGGCGCUGCCCGUGGCGUUCGGGCUGGCGGCCCUCCCCCCGGAGCUGCUCCUCCGGGUGCUCCGGCUGCUGGACGUCCGCUCCGUGGUGAGACUGUCCUCCUGCUGCAGACACUUCAGCUGCUGCACGGCCGACUCCACGCUGUGGAGACACCUGUACCUGCGCGACUUCUCAGAUCGAGAUCUCAGCCGGUCCAGAGACACAGACUGGAGAGAGCUGUACAAGCGGUUCCAUAAGAUUCGCUGUGAGCUCCGACAGAUGACCCGGCACCGCUCCCUCCCCGUGCCCGUCCCGUACCCCCCCCUCCACCACCCGCUGCCCCUCCCGCUGCACCCCCCCAUGCCCGGCAUCAUCGGGGGGGAGUACGACCAGUGGCCGGUCCUCCCCCGCGCCCUCCUCCCCCGCUACGACCUCAUCGGCUCGCCGCGGGACCCCGACGGGCGGCUCCCCCGGGUGCGUCCGACGGCGGGACGUCCCGCGGACAUCCGGCGAGGAUUCAUCUGAGUCGCCUGUCUUCUUCUUCUUCUCUUCUUUCUUCUUCUGCAAUAAAACCAACAGCAGCGACCCCAACGACACUAGCGCUCAUUCAUUAGCAACAGGAAGCAGGAGGCUUUUAUUUUGUAGGAGGGCCUCAGCUACGCCGACGACCGUUCUGUUAACGCUGUCGGUGCACGAUUCGUUCUGCACAUGUGCAGAUGAUGUCAUGAUGAUGUCAUGAUGUACGAGGAUUAACGGCGCUGCACCAUCUGUUCCACUGUAGCGCUCAGCUGUUAGCCUCCACCGGAAAGCUAACGACGCUAGCUUAGCAAACAGCUAAUUAAGCUACAUCCAUGAGGCUAACGGCUAACCACUACAGCUAUGACAGAUUGUGUACUGAUUAGCUAAGAGAACGGUUAGCCUCUACCGGGAAGCUGACACUAGCUUAGCUAACAGCUAAUUCGGCUAACCGCUAGCUAACAGCUAAUGCGGCUAACCGCUAGAUGGCAGCUUGAUUCAGCCUAAAAUAACGUUACUCAAACUAAACAGCUCCAGCUGAAUUAAGACUUUACAGUAAUAAUGAAGACAAGUGUUGAGUGAUUGUGUUUUAAAUAAGUGAAGUAGAACUGACAUAACAGCUGUUAUAUAUUUAAACGGUUGUUUAAAGUUUUGAGGCUCUUAUACACGCUGUCUCAGCUAGCGGUUAGCCGAAUUAGCUGUUAGCUAAGCUAACGUUAGCGUCCCGGUGGAGGCGAACAGACUUUCUUUCACUGUCUAUGGGAACAGAUGACGCAGGGUCUUAAAUCCACAUUCAUCAUGACGUCAUCAUGACGUCAUCAUGACAUUAUCGUGACGUCAUCGUGACAUCAUCAUGACAUCAUCGUGACAUUAUCAUGACAUCAUCAUGACAUUAUCGUGACGUCAUCGUGACAUCAUUGUGACAUCAUCAUGACAUCAUCAUGACAUCAUCAUGACAUUAUCGUGACGUCAUCGUGACAUCAUCAUGACAUUAUCGUGACGUCAUCGUGACAUCAUCGUGACAUCAUCGUGACAUCAUCGUGACAUCAUCGUGACAUCGUGACAUCAUCGUGACAUCAACUGCACGUGCUCAGAACGGAUCGUGCACCGACAAACGCACCAAGAGGACUCGUUGACUUUAGGAGAAAGAUGAGCUACGCACAAACUCAACAACAACGACAUAAUUAUUAAAAGUAUUAAAAAUAUAAGAUUAUAUUAGCUCAGAUUUAGCGUCGCACUGCGUCGCUGUAGCUCUUCUUUACUGGUUUCUGCUCAUAUUCUGGAGUUAAUUUGGGAUUUAUAAUAACAACUUCGCACCUUUUUUCAAAAUAAAAGUCCUCUGGUGAAGUCAACGCUAUGAGAUAGAAAUCAUUUUUGGCUUUUUAUGAGAUUCUGUAACUUCUUAAGUUAAAGUUUUGACUCAGUUUUUCAUGAUUCUGACU